GGGAGCAGGGAGCAAUUCGGGAUGUAGCCAGAGACGGAGAUACAACAGGCAGCAGCGGUGUUUGAUCUGAACACUGUUUCUGAACAAAAUCUACAGAGUCAGAGUCAGAUCAGAGUCAGAGUCAGAGUCAGAGAGAGGAGGAAACAAGUUGGUCAUUGUUUUUAGUUGAGAAGCGGGCGACGUGUUAGCAAUGUAGCUAACUAACCUUGUGUUUAUCGGGUGUUUACAGCAGUGUCUCUGAAGCACUUCAGCAAAGGAAAACGCCUUAAAGUUAACUAGCUACGUAACCUACACGUCAUUUUUUCCUCACAGAAGUCUUGUUUCAGUGGCUGCGCUGGAGGUGAAGGAUGCCGCUGUUUCGUCAGUUGGAGGCCAGGCCGGAGAGGGAGAAGCAGAAGAGGAAUCGCAGACGUGAGUGCAGCGAGGAGGAUGAAGAUGAGCCUUCCUCACUGACCCGUCUGUGCCUCCUCAGCCUGGCGGAGAACAUGAAGGACGUGUGGGUGCAGGACUAUGCGCAUAACUACAUGGAUCAGUACUUCUUCAGGUACAUCAUGGGUCCCUUUAGCUCACUGCCAGGUGAUCUGUUGGAGGAGCUGCUGUGUGUUCUCUCCCGGCGGACUCUGCUCUCUCGCGCAGCGCUGCACCUCCUGCUGCUCCCGCAGCUCCACAGCCUCUCGCUCCCGCACUCCUGCAACCUCGUCACCGCCAACCUCUGCAGCCUCAUCUCAGCACGCUGCCAGUCCCUGAGGUCUCUGAAUCUAAGUGGAGCUCUAAAUGUCUCAGCGCCGGCCUUGUGCAGUCUUCUGGGCAGCCUGUCUUGCCUCCAUUACCUGUAUUUGGCUGGAACUCUGUGUAAUCGCAGUGUGAUUGCUACGGUGGCUCAGCAGUGCCCAGCUCUGAAGCACCUGGACGUUUCACGCUGUGUCCACCUCCAUCCUGUUGCCCUACUGCCCCUGGCCCAUAGUGGGCUGAAGUGCUUGACCAGCCUGCUAGCUCUCGAUAUCGGUUUGGAAGAGAACGAGGACGAUGGGACAGCCACAGCCGCCUUCCUGCUGCUUGGCUUGCCCAGCCUGCAGCAGGUAGCGCUAGAUAAUGCGGGCCAGGCUUGUACGAUGAUCUGUAAGCAGGAAUUCAGGCUAACGGAGGGGUUCACCAGCAAAGAGAGAGUGGCCAGUCUUCAAGAAUUAUGGACGAGGAGAAUUCGAGGUGGAGAGGAGGACAGCUUCAGUCUGGAGGAAAAGCUGGACAAAAUGUUGCAUUUAGGCAAGAGCAGGGGUGAUGGAGUAAGGGCGGACAAAGGCAGUCAAGAAACGUCUGUGAAACUGGGCAUUCGUGAGAUUCAAAGCGUUUCACUCGACAGUCUCUACGCCGUUGGGCAGUUAUGUCCUGAUCUUCACUCUGUAUCUCUGAACUGCCAUGGUGAAGAUGAUAGCGGUGAUGAUGAAGGUUCAGGUUUCAGGCGGACGACACUUUUGACCAAAGGUUUGGCUGCGUGGUCCGGUCAGGUGCGCUGUCUCUCCCUGCAGUUCCCUGGCCCUCUCUCCGAGUUGGUUACUCCUCUGCAGGUCACAGGGUCCAGCCUGAUCUCCCUCACCCUGGAAGGAGUCCAAGCUGAUGGACACCUUCCUUUCCUGGACCUCAUCAGUGCCUGCCCCAAAUUGACCUCUCUCACCGUUCACAUAGACCCUCCUAGGUCAAACCAGGAAGAAGAAGAUGAUGAAGACUUAGAAGAUUGGAAUUUACCGUGUCUUCCAGACCUCAGAUCUUUAACACUGAAUUUCUUCUUGGACGAGAGGCAGUUGAAGCCGGUCCUGUGUUGGAGGUCCCUGAGGGGGCCGCUUUGGGCCUUGCUGAGAGGCGCUCCACAGCUCCAGAAGCUGUCUCUAAUGGCCACUCCCUGUCGGCUGGAUCCUGUGUUCCGGUUGGUUCUGGAUCACCACAGCAAGCCACUCCAGGCCUUGGACCAGCCCCCGCUGAGAUGUCUCAGACACGUCAACCUCAAGCGCUCUGAUGUCACCAUGGAGACAACGGCUCGACUUGUGAACACCUGCCAUCGCCUGUCCACUCUAGAUCUGAGCGGGUGUUGGUCCAUGACCCUCAGCAACAUCACUAAAUUACAGGACAAAGCCAUGACUCCUCGCCUGUUGUGCAUGGCCGUCCUAGUCCUGGCGGCUCACCUGGCACUCACCAAAGCUGCCGUCCGUGUUUGGGGCAUCCAAGCCUCUGGUCUGGAAGGCGACCCCACAGGACCCCCUGACCCAUACAUCAAGGUGUGGUGCGGCUCUUCUUUCGGCGGCAUGACCGAGUUCUACAGGGACACUCAACGGCCUUCAUGGAAUGCAGAGUUCCGCUUCUCCAAUUGCAAAGCCAAUGACAUCCUGAAGCUGGAGGUGUGGGACAAAGAUCUUAACUUGGACGACCACCUGGGAACCUGCACCACGCAGGUGCAGCGUGGCUUGAACCGUAAUAAAUCCUGUCGUGUGGGCAAAGGCAGUCUGACAUACAGCUACCAAACGUCAUGAAUAUUGUUAGCUUCACUGCUAAGUGCUUGCUCCAGCAGUUUUGUCUUUCACCCCAACUAAAGAUCAAUUAAAAAUCUGAUUUUCCACCAA